UGUUGAUUGCCAUCAUGUUUCGGAGACAGAAGGCCCAAGAUGAGGGGGAGAAGGAUCCACUGUUGGAUGAGGGAGAGUCAGAGUCCCUGUCAGACUUCAGACCACUUGUAGUGCUGGAGUUCUCCAGUAAGACCACGGCUGUCACAAGGGAAUGGAUGAAGGCUAAGAUUGAAGCUUCCAAGAAGCAAGGAGGAGCAGAACUUUAUGCAAAGACUGUUGUAGCUAAUGAUGGUGAGGAGCGAGUGUUGCUGGUGUCUGCACCUCAGGAGAGACUCCUGCAGGGGGCUGAGCAGAUGGGGCUGAAGAAGAAGUACAAGGACGGGUCAGUCAGGCCGUUUACCUUCGCAGAGAGACAAAAUGUUGAAGACUACACAGAGUCGCUGGAGGGCAUGUUAACCAUGUCACAAAGCCAGUACAUAAUCAAGGUAGAGCUUGAUAACAUCCGUGCCCUGGAGACAGAGAACCACAUCCCGGGCUGUAGCGACCGCAAGGCAAGGCUCUACAAGGGAAAAUCAAUAUUAAGUAGAAUGGUAUCGUGUCACCUCCUGGACAAAAUGUAUCCAGUUCACAAUCCUGACCAGCUCAAGAGACUGCAACAUGACUGGUACCACCUUCAUAGUCCCAAACAACUCAUGGGGGGCCAGCCAAUUGAGACUAUAAGAGGUUACUUUGGGGAGAGCGUGGCUAUGUACUUCGCCUUCUUGGGGCACUACACCAAAGCUCUUGUGGUGCCAACCGUGAUCGGAGUCUUGUACUACCUUUUCAACGAGAGCGGCCGCAACGAUUUUGUCAUCUUUGCUGUCUUCAACAUGAUCUGGGCGACAGUUUUCCUCGAGACGUGGAAACGCACCAGCAGCGCACACGCCUACAACUGGGGAACUCUGGGAAGGAAGGCCUUUGAAGAACCGCGGGCAGGGUUUCACGGAAAGCUUGGCGUAAACCCGAUAACAGGAAGGUCGGAGCCGGUGUACCCCUCGUGGAAAAGGCUACUUAGAAUCUACUGUGUGUCGUUCCCAAUCGUGAUCCUGUGCAUGCUUGUCGCUGUGGUGGUGAUGAUGGUUUACUUCUGGGCAGAAAAUAUUGCCAAGGCAAAACACAAGGAGGAGAACACCAUGUUGACAAAAGGCCUGGUCCUUGUCCCCAGUAUUGUCUACAGUGUUGUCAUCAUCUUAAUGAACCAGGCCUACAGGACACUCGCUCAGUACCUAACAAAGAAUGAAAACCACAGAGAGCAGUCAGCUUAUGAGAACUACCUUAUUGUAAAACUAGUCUUGUUUGACUUUGUGAACUGUUUCCUGUGCCUGUUCUACAUUGCCUUUGUCAUGCAGGAUAUGAACUACCUCAGACAGAGCCUGGCUAUCCUACUGAUUGUACAGCAGCUGGUGGGACAGCUACAGGAGACUCUGCUGCCUUACCUGCUCAUGAGGAAGAGGAUCAAGAAGGGGGAAAAGUCUGGGCUGGACCAUGUAUCCAAACCCCUCCACGAAAUCCCAAGGUCCAAGCAAGCUGAAGUGGAGAGUCUGAUGGACAGAUAUGAGGGCACUUUUGAUGACUAUCUGGAGCUGUUUUGGCAGUUUGGGUACGUGUUCUUGUUUUCAGCUGUGUACCCCAUGGCAGCAUUCUGGGCCCUAGCUAACAACGUCAUGGAGAUCCGCACUGAUGCCUUCAAGAUGUGUCGUAUCUUCCAGCGACCCUUCAUGGAGCCUGCUGCAAACAUUGGUGCAUGGCAGAUGGUGUUUGAGGUGAUGGGGUUCAUAGCUGUGAUGACUAAUACAGCCCUGAUCGGCAUGUCACCUGAGAUACAGCCACUCCUGGAGGGGUACACAACUGUGCAGAAGGUGCUGAUAUUCGUGGCUGCAGAGCAUCUGAUCAUUUUCAUCAAGGUUGUGCUGGCCUUUGCAAUCCCAGACAUGCCUGAGUGGGUGGAGACACAGAUGGGCAGGAUUGAGUACCAGUCCACACAGGCACUGAAGAAGCAGCCUGAUUGCCCCCUAGAGACGGAGGUGUGAAGGCAUGGAAUAUCCACAAACAAGGUAGUUGGUGGGAAAUGUUUGAUGGCACCCAUUGCCACGGCUGCUGUCUCCAUGGUUACCUGUUCUGGGAAAACACCAAACCCUGCAAGAACCAAAGCACAUCCACAGACAUAUUGGACAUGGGGACUCAAAGCACUAUUCAAACUGUGGAGAGUGAACAACAAGACAUAAGUUUGCAAAGUGGUUCAGACGUGUUGCAAAAAGAGCUUGCUGGACAUGAUCAUGGCAAAAAGGGUGUUUGGGGGUUUGUCACCAGUUGUUUGACAUGGGUUGGCCGGGGGUGUCAGAAGGUGACGUGGUGGCUGUUAGGAGUGAACUACCCUGUUUUUGUGUUUUUAGUGGUGUGCAGGCUGCUGAGAAGGAAUUGAGCCGUAGGUGUGCGAGUUAGACUUGUAAUAUGUGCAAUGGAUGGUGCAGUUGAAUGCAAAUGGAGCUAUCCUCCAAGGGAUGAAGAAAAGUCUGUGACUGAGUCUUCUACUACCAUUGUGUACAUUAUUACUGAGCAUAGGUAUCAUCCACAUACAUAUCAUGUUUGCUGUACGUUUCAGUGUUAUGUAUAGAUAUUUUGUGUCUUUAUUCAUGACUGACAUGAUCACUGUGUGUCAGUGUUCUCUCUACAUAUAUUGCUUUUUGUUUACAUUCUUGCCAUCCGACUUUCCUACCCCACCCAGCACAUAAAAUCCCUAUGUAGGAUCAUCAUCACAGUGUUCCAAUGCUAUUUCCCACUCUGUCUCUUCCCCUCAACUCUACCCUUCUGCUUGGUAAGUGGCUGCUUUUCCCUGCUCCCUGAUUGGUCACUUCUGUUUUGAUUGACAGCCCAAAACCCAACUGACAUGAUUGGUCCUUCCCUUCUCUCGCAGGCCCAGCUCCACCGCACCAGGUGGAUGAUCUCAAGCGCCCCCUCUCUUGACUAUGAGAACUACAACCAUUCUUAAUGCAGCGUAGUAAGGGGCAGAAAGAAAUCAUCAUGACAAGACAGGCAUCCUCUAGUCAGGCUUACUGAAGAAGUCCUUAAUUGACAAAGUUUACGUAAAUGGAUGUUUUUGUGUAUUAAAAAACAAUGUGGGAUGAUGACAUGAUGAUGCCCCUAUGCUUGUGUCAGAUAAACUC